AUGUUCGUAAAAGAAUUUUACAGACAAUUUUAUGCUGGUCGGAUACAUCCAACAGAGGCCAACCAACUAGUCGAUAUAAGGCAAAAAGAAGGAGAACCUCUUAAAGAGUACAUCCAGAGGUUCAUGCGAGUAGCCGCUCGAGCCAAAUCAGUUAUAGAUGAGGGAAAGAUGAUGGCCAUUACCGCAGGGGUGCAGUGCCGGUCCCCACUCUCGAGCGUCCUAAGAAAAAAUGGAGUCAAAAGUACUCAAGAAUUCUUGGAUCGAGCAGACAAAUACAUAAAGUUGGAGGAGGCUAUUACCAAUGAAGGACAGUCUCCAAAUGCCAACCAGUACAAAAAAGAAGAGUCGACCAAGGCUGUUAGUGGGUCUAGCGAACCCAACAAUAAUAAUGGCAACAAUAAUAACAAAAAAGGAGGAAAAAGGGCAAACAUUGAGCAGACAACGUUUGAUAACAAGCGCCCUAAGAAGAAUAGGCAAACAAGGAACUCAAACAAGCAAUUAAGCACACAAUCCAUUAAUUACCAACCAACUGCGAAAAAAAAACCAAUACAAUACAUCUUCACAAAAUAUCGAGCAACUCCUCAACCUGGAGUUCCCCCUGAAGAAGCUGGGGUUGCAGUAGCUGCUGAAUCUUCUACUAGUACAUGGACAACUAUAUGGACUAACGGGCUUACCAGCCUUGAUCGUUACAAAGGUCGAUGCUACCACAUUGAGCCCGUUGCUGGAGAAGAAAAUCAAUAUAUUGCUUAUGUAGCUUAUCCCUUGGACCUUUUUGAAGAAGGUUCUGUUACCAACAUGUUUACUUCCAUUGUGGGUAAUGUAUUUGGGUUCAAAGCCCUGCGCGCUCUACGUCUGGAAGAUUUGAGAAUCCCUCCUUCUUAUACUAAAACUUUCCAAGGUCCGCCUCAUGGGAUCCAAGUUGAGAGAGAUAAAUUGAACAAGUAUGGCCGCCCACUAUUGGGAUAUACUAUUAAACCUAAAUUCGGGUUAUCCGCUAAGAAUUAUGGUAUAGCAGUUUAUGAAUGUCUUCGCGAUGGACUUGAUUUUACCAAAGAUGAUGAGAACGUGAAUUCCCAACCAUUUAUGCGUUGGAGAGACCGUUUCUUAUUUUGUGCAAAAGCAAUUUAUAAAUCACAGGCUGAAAUAGGGGAAAUCAAAGGACAUUACUUGAAUGCGACUGCAGGUACAUGUGAAGAAAUGAUCAAAAGGGCUGUAUUUUCCAGAGAAUUGGGAGUUCAUAUCGUAAUGCAUGAUCCGAAACCAUAG